GGCAUCCGGACCGAACUAACCGCCGACCGUCCUGUCAUCGGUGACUUCCAGCACACGUAGACCGUAGCAACCAGCCGGGGCGAUACAAAACAUACAGUGCAGCACGUGGAGGACAGAAGCGACACCUUCUGACUCAAUGACACCCUUGCGCUACAUACAAAACUUCCGUAGUCAUAACGAUAUCUCCACAUUUGUUUACAAACACAUAUCACUGGCAAGGUAACCGGUUUUAUGCUCUAGUGAUGCGACGGACGGACAGAUCAAAUCGUGUUCAUCAUAGAUAUAAGAAGAAAAUGGUACUGUAUUCAUAGAAUGGACGGCGAUCCUCCGUGCGCGUCCUGCUCUUCUCUUUCGGCAAGACAUGAACAGACACGUAGUCAUGUAUGUAUUAUGGUGUUACUGGUACUUGUGGGGUGCAUCGCGACACCGUCUCAAGCCAACCCUGAUGCCAAACGUCUGUACGAUGACUUGCUUAGCAAUUACAAUCGAUUGAUCCGACCGGUCAGCAAUAACACAGACACUGUUCUAGUAAAAUUGGGUCUUCGACUGUCUCAGCUCAUCGAUCUGAAUUUGAAGGACCAGAUUCUUACUACUAACGUCUGGCUAGAACAUGAGUGGCAAGACCACAAGUUCCGGUGGGACCCGCAGGAGUAUGGCGGCGUUACAGAACUCUACGUCCCAUCUGAGCAUAUCUGGCUGCCAGAUAUCGUGCUCUAUAACAACGCGGAUGGAGAAUACGUUGUCACUACGAUGACAAAGGCUGUGCUUCACCACACUGGCAAGGUGGUCUGGACUCCGCCCGCCAUUUUCAAGUCCUCCUGCGAGAUCGAUGUGAGGUACUUCCCCUUCGACCAGCAAACAUGCUUCAUGAAGUUCGGCUCUUGGACCUACGAUGGAUUUCAGAUCGACCUGAAGCAUAUAAACCAGAAAUACAACAGUAAUAAUGUGGAAGUUGGAAUAGACCUCAGGGAAUACUAUCCAAGCGUCGAGUGGGACAUCCUGGGAGUUCCUGCAGAGCGUCACGAGAAAUACUACCCUUGCUGCUCCGAACCGUACAUUGAUAUCUUCUUCAACAUCACGCUGCGUCGCAAGACCCUCUUCUACACAGUGAACCUCAUUGUACCAUGCGUUGGCAUCUCCUAUCUCUCUGUGCUAGUGUUCUACUUGCCAGCCGACUCGGGAGAGAAGAUAGCACUCUGUAUCUCAAUUCUGCUGUCCCAGACCAUGUUCUUCCUGCUCAUAUCCGAAAUCAUCCCGUCAACAUCGCUAGCCCUGCCCUUACUGGGCAAGUACCUUCUCUUCACUAUGAUCCUGGUAGGCUUCUCUGUAGUUAUAACCAUAAUGGUUCUCAACGUCCAUUACCGCAAACCUAGCACACAUAAGAUGGCUCCUUGGGUAAGGAAAGUCUUCAUAAGACGGUUACCCAAGCUGCUCUUGAUGAAAGUUCCAGAACAGUUGCUAGUGGAUAUGGCAGCAAAUAAGAAUCGUUUACGUGCUGCCAAGAAGUCAAAGCUGAAUGCAGCGGCUGCAGCUGCAGUAGCAGCUUCAUCGUCGUCGGUGGCGUCCUCACCGGACUCGCUAAGACAUCACCCACUUCAGAGACCCGGUGGUUGCAACGGGAUCCACACGUCAGCCAGUGGAGCCACCAACAGGUUCGGAGGACUCAUGGCGGAGUUCAACGGGCUGCCGUCUGUAGUCGGCUUGGACGGAAGUCUGAGUGACGUCGGCACUAGGAAGAAGUAUCCGUUCGAGCUGGAGAAGGCGAUACACAAUGUGAUGUUCAUCCAGCACCACAUGCAGCGACAGGAUGAGUUUGAUGCGGAAGAUCAAGACUGGGGAUUCGUGGCCAUGGUAUUGGAUCGUUUGUUUCUAUGGAUCUUCACGAUCGCUUCGAUUGUCGGAACAUUCGCGAUCCUGUGCGAGGCGCCAGCCCUGUACGACGACACAAAGCCCAUUGAUAUGGAGUUAUCGUCUGUAGCCCAGCAGCAGUUCCUACCAAAUCUAGGCCACCAGCACAAGCACAGCUUGUAGUAGUGAAUCGACGAUCAAUGAUUUUGUGGACAGCGGAAAAGAGCCGUUCUUGUUUUCGAUCACUCUGUGGCAGUAUUCCAAUGGGACAAAUAUGCUUUCUGCUCUGCAGUGGGCUGACGAAAUCCUACAGGAUAUAUAUAUAUUGGUAGCGAAACUCACACCCAGAGAACGAUAUGAAGCAGCUACAAUUUUUGAAGAAAUUAUCACUUAUUUCAGUUUAUAUUUGAAAUGAAUUAAAAAAAACUGUCAUAUUGAAAUACAUAUAUAACGAAAUGUUACAGCACGGUGAUAUUUUUAGCGUUCCGAAGGAACAAAUCUUCUUUGGAACCCAGUAGUGUAAUGAGUAUGCCAGUCUGUCUAUCCGUGCAACCAAUUAUAUGGCCAUCAGUACUAUAAAUAGUAAUGGAAUAGUUUUUAGAGACUUCGUGGAAACACAAUGACGUCGGAGGCUUCCGGGUUAGAAACUCUGUGCAUAGAUUAGCUAUCCUGGCUGUAAAUUUGUAAGAUUUUCUUAUACUUCUUCCACCUAAAUGUUAAGAUAAUGCAUUAAAAUAGCCCACGACCACUUCCCACAAGGUUAUAUCAAAUUCUUUUUGUUCACACAACCGUUCUCCAGUUCGACGCUACAUAAUACAAACAUCGGAAAGUAUCAACAGACGUUACUCGGUGUUACGAUUUCAAAUGCUGUAUCAUUUUGCAAUUUUACAAGACUGGAUUGUCACCAUUUACUUAGGAUAUUUGAAAGUUUUGUAUACAAUCAGUUGUUUAACAAUAUGAAAUAUUUCUUACAGUGGCUUUUGUUUCAGAAAACGAAAUACGACAGUAAUUGUUCAUUCAUCGUAGAGUAUGCUCAGUGAUACGAGAGAAACAAAGUCACAAGUAGUAUCAGAGAAAUCAAAUUAGCAGUGUCUGGUCGUGUAGCACGAACAUAUCUAAUUGGGUAAGACUAGUUAUCUCAAUUUUAAUACAGGUCUGUAGAUAAUAUAUUGAUUCGUCAAAUAUGAAACCUGGUCGAAACUUGGAAUUGAUUCAUAAAAAAUAUUUACAGGAUAACUUCUUAUCAAACAGCCUCUUAGACAAGCGAAAAGUGGUAGAGCAUUAACGUGGAUCUUUCUUUUUGCGUUAGUUUCUUAAUUAUGUUCUCAAUUACGAGACUGUAUAGCUUCAGCAAUAGGACGAUUAAUGAAUGUGAAGCAAUUGAUGGAAGGACAAUUAACGUGGGUAACUGCAGUAAUCAGAUAAGACCCACCCCAAUUUUACUUUAUUCAUGACAAACCGCACAUGAAUUGCCUGGGGAUGGAACUUGGGCCGCUGCGGUUGGAAGCCCGCGAUUGACAGCCUGAGCAAUGACACGGCCCUGUAGAUCUUAAAUUCAUGCGUUGUGAGCAUGCGUGAUAGAUAAAUCUGGUCUAGGACUUGUCCACUGCCGGAAUUUCUGUUGCGCGGUGUUGGACCUUCGCAUUGUGCUAUCAGACACUUACUUACUACAAUGCGUUCAAUGAUCGAGGAAACCUGGCAGCAGCAUAGAACGGACACAACAUUUCUCAUAGAUUACUAUUCUAACUGCCGAUAGCAGAAUGAGUCGUUAGCGCUGAUAAACACGCGCCAUCAUGUGGUCUGAUUUUGUCACUGCAGUAAGUCGCAUUAAUGGUCAGUUUGUUAGAGGUGUCUGUAGGCGGUCGACAUUUAUACUGAAAUGAAGUUCAUUAUUGAAAAGUGUGUGCUUAUUGUCGAAACUUUUGCAAGGAAAGUGCUUACAGAAAAUGUAUCCGUAAGUUUCGCCGUAAAUAUCCUAACUUGUCAGUUCACGCAAAGUCGUUUGUAUCCAAGUUUGUGAAAAGUGGCGGGUCAUAGGUUCAGCGUGUGACAUAAAGAAGCAAUCGAAGAGGAUUGUGCUGACUGAAGAAAAGGUUCAGGAUAUUGAGGCACGACUACAGAUCAGUCGUCGAAAAUCGUUAAGACGCUUAGAACAAGAAACCGCAGUUUCGCUAGGAUGUGCUAAUGCGACUUACUGCAUUGACAAGAUCAGACCACCUAACGCCGCGCGUUUAUCGGCGCUAAUGACUCAUUCUGCUAUCGGUAGUUACAGGAGCAAUAUAUGAGAAAUGUUGUGUCCGCUCUGCGCUGCUGCCAUAUUUUCUCGAUCAUUGAACGCCCUGUACUUGAACACGUCAAUAUCAGUUUGAAUUAAUUGAAACAAGAAGCAUAAUUAUUUAAAAUUCAAAUUAUAAAUUUAAUUCGCCUCCAAAAUAUAUUAAUAUUCCACGAAGAUAAUUAAUGAUUAUAACCGUAGAAAAAAAUAAUUGGUGUCGCUGAUUUGCAAAUUAAACUGACAUAUUAUUAAUUACGUGUUUCAAUUAUACUUUCAUAUAUAUACAUACAUAUCAGUCAGUUAAAAUUUACAACACUUUAAAAACGUUAUACUGCACUGCUGGAUUUGAGAUUUUCACGGCAGUGACUAUGUCUUCUGGGUUGUAAAGCUAUGUGAUUCGGAGACCGCCCAGUUUUUCAGAGAAUCGUACCUUAUUCGACACGUCUGGCUUUCUGCAAACUAUACGGUGUUACGACUGUAAUAUUCUUUACAAACUAUUAUUAUUAUUAUUAUUAUUAUUAUUAUCUUAAUGUUUAAUAAUUAAAUUUCAGAAGUUUGAAGUUAAGACUUCAUGACGGUAAGUUUUACCAUAAAGGAGUCUGACGGUAGACCAAAUAACCCAAUGGAAUACUGCCAUUAAAAUACACGUAUGAUCAUAGUGAAUUCGUCCCUACUGUAAAUUUAAAAAAUGGUACGCAUAGCAAAGCAACACGAAGUGUGGACACAGUGAGAUAACUGUGCGGUGAAACUGUGAUAUCAGACGAAAAUGAUCCUUAUUGAUCUUGCACGAAGGAGACAGAGGAGUAGUGGCCACUGCUGGUCCCACUUAACACAACCAAACACGGAGCAGUGAACCACACAAAUAGAACUAAGUAACAUAUAUUAAAGAGGUGUUUCCUAGUUUGAUAAACCGUAUAAAAUUUAUCUGAACUGUUAUAGAAGAGGAAAUACUUCAAAGCAGGAUGACUUCAUUACAAUUUGGCUACAUUCCUGUAGCUAUCGCUAUCCCUUUUUCAGAAUACCAUAUAAACACAGGGCCAACAGGCAGAAAUUUGAUAUACAUCAAUUCCAGGUUCAAGCCUCUCCAAAUCACUGUUUACGAACAUUAGAAUUUCAAGAACUUUUAAAUUAAAAAAUAUGUAACAAGUAACGCAACAAACAUAACAUAAACGAACAGAAAAUAAAUUUAAAAUUCGUCACCCAUUAUCUUUAGCAACUAAAAAAAUAAACGUAUUCCUGUAACAGACCGUGGAGGCCGAUAGGGUUGUGAGAUGUUGAGUUUCCCAUAUUAUCUAGACAAUCGGCUCAUAGAUGGCAGUAAGGUUGUCAGUCUUACGCUCCGGCCAUUCUUUACCCUCCAGAAAGAUAAUUGGUACUCAUUUCUGUUAGAGGCUGAGUCGACCCC